AUGGUGUGGGCAAGGCAUCGGCAUGGAAAGUCUUCGAAGAUGCACCUGAUCUCUUGGAACACCUUGGAGAAGAAAGCCAAAUCAGUGCUGACGUUCUUGCCAAAGCUGAAGCCUUUGUAUGCAAACUCUACAAUCCGGGAACACAAGAGGUGGAAAUCAAUAAAGAAAGAGCAGCAGCGUUUCGCAAAUCCAAGAAAGAUCUUGACGCCCUACCUCCGACUCAAGAUGCACUGAUUCUCCACAUAAAGCGGGCAAACUAUCAGACCAUGGUGUGGAAUAAAGCACUGGAACCAUUUCCUUCUCUCCCAAAACCUGAAGACAGCGGAUGGUACUACAGUGAAGGCCUUCUGAAGCCAAAGUUAAUGACGCGAGAAGAAGUGUCAGCGGCGUGUUUACAGUUAGCAUACUGUGGGUGCUCCCGAGGCGGAAGGCGGAUGCUGUGUAAACCGACGCUGCACUUGCGUUCAACUAUCUCUUUGCUGUUUCAAGGCAUGUAA